AUGGCUCCAAGCUGCACGCAGCCAAGGUGCGACCCGAGGGGCAGAGGGGUUCUCCUCCUCGGACUGGGCCUCUCCUUCCUCCUCCGGGGGCUCCUGCUGCCCUGCGCAGACAGCAGCCCCCAGCCCUCUUGGGGCUACACAGCCUACGAGAUAGUCAUUCCAAGGAAACUCGGCCCCAAGGCAGGGAAGGCCAGCCAGGACGAAGUGUCCUAUAUCAUCAGCAUUCAGGGGGUAAAUUACACGAUUCACCUCAGGCAGAAAGACUUUGUACUAAAAAACUUCCCCGUAUUCACUCGUGACUCCCGAGGGGAAGUCGUGGUCGAGCAGUCCCACGUGCCCGCAGGUUGCUAUUACCAUGGCUACGUGGAAGGCAUCCCCGAUUCCGCGGUGACGCUGACUACCUGCUCCGGGCUCAGAGGACUGCUGCAGGUUGGAAACUCAAGCUACAGCAUCGAGCCCCUGGCAGCUUCCUCCAUGGCUGAGCAUCUUCUGUUGCAGAGGGAGGAGGCGGUUCCGGGAACAGUGAUGUACAAAACGCCCGACGCAGACGGACCAUUUCCAGCUCCUGGUACGGCAACAGGGCAGUUCCAGCCCCGGGGGCACACGCGGUAUUUGGAGCUCCUUGUCAUGGUGGACAAGGAAGGGUUUGACGCCUUUGGCAGAAGUAUAACUAAUGUGACACUGGAAGUCAUUGAAAUAAUCAAUCUGGUGGAUGGGCUGUUUUAUUCUUUCCGCCUUCGUGUUCUGAUAACUGCGCUAGAGGUUUGGGUGGAGAAGAACCCUAUCAGUGUUACCAAAAACAUAACCAAGGUCCUCCACAGCUUUAACCUUUGGCAGAAGCAGCAAAGCCUUACCUAUGCCGUGCAUGACGUGGGGUGUCUGUUUGCCUCCAUGGACUUUGAUCACGAUACGAGAGCGUCGCACGUGGGUGGCAAAUCCAACUUCGCCAGCGCAUGCGAUAGAAAACGCGCCUCUGCUGUUGUAGCGUUUGCGAAACAGCCUUACAUGGACACUGCAGUCCAUGUCGCUCGCGUGUUGGGGUAUGUCCUUGGCAUGGAGCACGAUGACAGAUCCUGCAGAUGUGGAAACACCUCCAAAUGCAUCAUGAGCGCGCACGGCACAGUGAACUAUCAGUUCAGCAACUGCAGCAAAAAGCACUAUUUUGAUUUUAUUGCAUCAGGGCAAGGAUUCUGCCUUAAUAACGCCCCAGAACCGGUCAGUGCAUUUGCACUGCAGCGCUGCGGGAACGGCGUCCUGGAGGUUGGGGAGGAGUGCGACUGUGGCUCCGACACGCAGUGUAAAUUGGACCUUUGUUGUGACAAUACCUGUCAAAAAAAAGAAGGAGCCAUUUGCACUUCUGGAGGCUGCUGUAAGAAUUGCAAGCCUCUUCCAGAAGGAGAAGUGUGUAGGGAGAGUGCAGGUCCGUGUGACCUGCCCGAGUAUUGCAACGGGACAUCCGAGCAUUGCCCAGCAGAUGUGGCCAAGCAAGAUGGGACUGUGUGUGCUGAGGACGGGUACUGUUACUCAGGCAAAUGCCAAUCUCACACGUUGCAGUGUAUGAGACUCUUUGGCAAGGAAGCAAAACCUGCUCCACUACCAUGUUUCCAGGAGGUGAACACGAAAGGGGAUCGGUUUGGCAAUUGCUGGGGAGACGGGGCAGACAUCAGCUUUCAGAAAUGUAAGCCAGAAAAUGUCCUGUGUGGGAGGGUGCAGUGUACAAACGUUAGACGUCUACCUCGGCUGGCGGAUCACACAACCGUCAUUCAGACCCCGGUGGGCGAUACCUGGUGUUGGGGCACAGACUACCACCUGGGCGUGGACGUUCUGGAUGCUGGAGUCGUUAAGGAUGGCACGCGGUGCGGUGAGAAGAAAAUCUGCAUUAAUCGGACCUGUGUCCCUGAGGAGAAGUCCUUGGUAUCCCGCUGUUCCGCCGAGAGAACGUGCAGAGGAAACGGCGUCUGCAACACCAGAGGGAACUGCCACUGUGCCGACGGCUGGGCGCCUCCCUACUGCCAGUUUUUUGGCUUUGGAGGAAGCGUUGAUAGCGGGCCUGCACCGGUCACUAAAAAGGGGCUUUUUAGGUUCAUCGUUGGGAUUGCCAUAAUAACUGUUGCUCUUCUGGCACUCGCAGCACUCGUCAUUGCGCACGUGAGAAAGCUCAGAGUAACCCAAGCAUUGAACAGACUCGUUGGAUGCCUUUGGGCAAGGCAUUGGGCUCCCAAGGAGGAUGCGAAGGACCAGGGGGUAGAAGGUGGCUCAAAACCAGCUGAGAAUCAAAACUCCCCUGUGUAGGAUGUGGUGCAGCAGCAGCGGAAAGCUGGACUCAGUCGGUCUCUAGAUUCAAACUCCAGCUGUGGUGGACUCGUUUAAAAUUCAUCUAGAUGCAAGGGUAGCGUUAGAGGACCUAGUUUUUAUUCUGUAGAUUAGCAAAAUGAAAUUGUUUCGCUUGACCUCACUCUGGAGGAGAAAAGAAAAGUCAUUGACAAAAAUGACAGGAGCACUCCAGUUAAUUCAAAAUCCGCCUGCUGGUUUACGCUGACAGACACAGACUGAGCAAGGAGGCUCCCGGGGCGGCCGAGGCAGAGCCUUUCGGGAGGCAACAGCAACGUCAUCUCUCAGCCCAGAGCAUGGGGGUCUGCAGCAGCGAGGACCCCUCUCCACUAAACACACAGUCCCCAAAGGACACCUGCAAAGAAACUUCUGGGUUCCUCUGCUACGGCUCAGAGGAAGGGGUUCAAACUGUCCGUAUGGCUGUAUAGGACUCUGUCUCCACACCCUACAACCACCUCCUCCAGAGCUGGGGUCCCAGGGGGUGCCCAUCCUGGGCGUACCGAGCACCUCCUCUGCAGCACUGCAGCCCGGAAACGAACACAAGCUGCUGAAACCAUCAGGUGGUGUUAAACGGGAG